UGGUCCCGAUCUCUAGCCACCUGCUUCUCUGGGAUCGAUUCACUGGCCUGUUGAUGGACAGGCUGCUGCUUUCGCUCGCCUAGUCGCUUCCAGUGGUACCUUUCAUUUGCAAGAGCUGGUUGGACGGCAAUAGUCAUACUUUUUACGAGUCGUGCAGUGAUUUAAUAUAGCCAUGUCUGAAGAAGCUGAAGGAACAAUGACUUCAGAAGAACAGCAAGAAAUGGAGGACAAAGUAAUCAGUCCAGAGAAAGCAGAGGAGGCCAGACUGAAGGCCAGGUAUCCUAACCUUGGAGGCUCCGACUUUCUCAGGAAACGACUGCAGAAGGGGCAAAAGUAUUUUGACUCUGGUGACUACAACAUGGCCAAGGCAAAAAUGAAGAAUAAACAGUUGCCAUCAGCCCCAACAGAGAAGACUGAAAUCACAGGGGGACACAUCCCAACACCUCAGGACCUGCCUCAAAGAAAGACUUCAAUUGUGGCCAGCAAACUAGCUGGUUGAUAGUUUUGAAUUUACUGUUUUGUUAACCAUUCUAACCCCCACUUCACAUUUACCUGUUCACAGUUUAUUUUUCAAUUUUGUAUGUGUUCUUUGAAAAUAAGUUAUAUAGCAAGCAAAAUACUUGAAAGAAUGAGGAACUGUCAGACAAGUGUCACUGAGUUCAGUCUAGGCCAAGUAGUAGCUGAAAAUGUUUCUCAAAUCAUAAUUACUCAGUAGUGAUAGAUUUUUGAAUAUGAUUUCACUCCUAUAAUAUGAAUGAAUGUUACUGCAGUUUUUUUUUUUUGACAGAACAUUUUCACUUUUAAAGAUGUAUACCUCCACACAGUAGCUGAUGAGCCUGUUCAGAGGCUGUUUUAAUCACCCUGUUACUCAAAGUCAAAAAUACCUAUGGUGAGUUAUGACCACAGACAGACGAUAUUAGCAGUUUGCACUGAUGUAUGUGUGAAGUAAAAGUCUAAUUUGCAGUUACGCAUUUCAGUUUUGAACAUAUGUUCAUAUGGAGGCAUGUCUGUUUAAAUAGUGAAAAGUGAAGUAAUCCUGCUUGUUUCCCAUCAUCACUAAUUGAUUGUGUUCCUUCCCUUUUUGUGAAGCUAUUUAACUCGAUGCUUUCAAAGUACUGAAGAUUAGGUCAUACACACUUUGUAGCCAGUUGUAUUUUAAUUCAUUUUAGUGACAUUGGUUUGCUUAUACUUGCUGACGGUCUCCAUUUCAUCCCAAACUCUAAAAUGGCCUUGAAGAUAAUGAGAGUGGCAUGAUGGAAGCUAUGGUUAGUGCUGUUGCCUCACAGCAAGAAAGUUACAGGUUCAAGCCCCUUUCUGUGUGGAGUUUUCAUGUUCUCCUUGCAUGGGUUGUCUCUGGGUACUCCAGCUUCUGCUCACGUCUUAAGACAUGCAGCAUAAGUUGAUUGGCAAUUCUAAAUUGCCCGUAGGAGUGUUUAUGUGUGGUCGUCUGUCAGCCCUGCAAUAGACUCAUGACCUGUCCAGGGAGUACCCUGCCUUGUGCCCAAUGUCAACUGGGAUUUGCUCCAGCAACAACCUCCCCCCCCCCCCCCCGUAUAUAUAUAGUGGAUGGAUGUUCCUUUUGAGCAAUAUUUGCUCCCUCAGUAAGAAACUUAUUUGUGAAUCUUGCCUGAAAUGUCUUGAUUCCAGUCAGAAUUAGGAAGAAACUCCCUUGUGGACUUUGGAGUGUGCAUGUGCAAGUACUGUGCAGUCACACUGUGCCAUUUGUUCUGUAAAUAAAAUAGUUUUGCAUAAUA